UUGGUUUUGAUGGGAGGUAGGGAUUGAAGUCGCGACUGGCGCUGUAGGGAGCAGGAGGGAGAAGCGGGCCGGUGAUUAUAGAGCGUGUGGCGAGAGGAAGGUGCUGGGUGGAAAAUUACCCACACCCCCCUCCCCACGCACUAGGAGUUGGUGUGUUCUGCUUCGCCAUGCCCGCCGGGUCUCGCGCACAUGGCCCAGCAGUAGGAGUCUCCCCUCCCCCCGGCCUUUCCCCGGAGAGCCUGACUGAGCGCGGCCGGCCCAGCAGCGACCCCCUCCCCAUGCAGGAGACGGAGGAGAGCCAGGCGCCCGCGGCGGCCGGAGCCGAGGGGUCCGGGGACGAGCCCGAGCAGCCGGACGGGCCCCCCCAGCGGGAGGAAGAGUCUUCGCCGCCGCCAUCGUCGCCCGGCUCCCAGGAGGAGCAGCCGGCGCCGCCAUCGCCCACUUCGCAGGAGACGCCGCCAUCGCCCACUUGGCGGGAGGAGCCGCCCGCUGCCGAGGAGGAGGAGGACGGCGGCGGCGGCGGCGUGAGCCAGGCGGAGCCGCCCGGCCAGCAGACCCCGCAGGAGAAGGCGGAGGGCGAGGAGCGGGAGGAGGCCGAGCCCGCGGAGGAGCCCGAGGACGACAUCUCCUUCAGCGACCCCGAGGACUUCGUGGACGACAUCAGCGAGGAAGAAUUACUUGGUGAUGUGCUAAAAGACCAGCCACAGGAGGCAGAUGGAAUCGAUUCAGUAAUUUUAGUGGAUAAUGUUCCCCAAGUUGGACCAGACCGUCUUGAGAAACUGAAGAAUGUUAUUCACAAAAUCUUUUCCAAGUUUGGGAAAAUUACCAAUGAAUUUUACCCAGAAGCAGAUGGGAAGACAAAGGGGUAUAUUUUCCUGGAGUACAUGUCCCCAGCACAUGCAGUGGAUGCUGUGAAAAAUGCAGAUGGAUACAAGUUGGACAAGCAGCACACUUUCAGAGUCAACCUUUUCACAGAUUUUGACAAAUACAUGACAAUCAGUGAAGAAUGGGACAUCCCAGAGAAACAGCCAUUUAAAGACUUGGGGAAUCUUCGCUACUGGUUGGAGGACCCAGACUGUAGGGAUCAAUACAGUGUGAUCUUUGAGUCAGGAGACCGAACUUGCAUCUAUUGGAAUGAUGCAAAGGAACCAGUCGCAAUUGAAGAAAGACCACGGUGGACGGAAACCUAUGUACGCUGGUCUCCAAAAGGUACUUACCUGGCUACAUUCCAUCAGAGAGGCAUUGCUCUAUGGGGAGGAGAGAAGUUCAAACAGAUUCAGAGGUUCAGUCACCAGGGGGUACAGCUUAUCGACUUCUCACCUUGUGAAAGGUAUUUAGUGACCUUCAGCCCUUUAAUGGACACACAAGAUGACCCUCAGGCCAUAAUCAUCUGGGAUACCCUAACUGGACAGAAGAAGCGAGGGUUCCACUGUGAAAGCUCAGCUCAUUGGCCCAUUUUUAAGUGGAGUCAUGAUGGUAAAUUUUUUGCCCGAAUGACAUUAGACACCCUCAGCAUCUAUGAAACACCUUCCAUGGGUUUGCUGGACAAGAAAAGUUUGAAAAUCAACGGGAUAAAGGAUUUCUCGUGGUCUCCAGGGGGUAACAUAAUUGCGUUUUGGGUGCCUGAAGACAAAGAUAUCCCAGCAAGAGUGACACUGAUGCAGCUCCCCUCCAGACAAGAAAUCCGUGUGCGGAAUCUGUUCAAUGUGGUGGAUUGCAAGCUGCAUUGGCAAAAGAAUGGAGAUUAUCUGUGUGUGAAGGUAGACAGGACUCCUAAAGGUACACAGGGUGUGGUGACCAACUUUGAGAUCUUCCGAAUGAGAGAGAAGCAGGUCCCUGUGGAUGUGGUAGAAAUGAAAGAAAGCAUUAUAGCCUUUGCCUGGGAACCAAAUGGAAGCAAGUUUGCUGUAUUGCAUGGAGAGCCUCCCAGAAUUUCUAUCUCCUUUUAUCAUGUCAAAAACAAUGGGAAAAUAGAGCUUAUCAAAACGUUUGACAAGCAGCAAGCAAAUACGAUAUUCUGGAGUCCGCAAGGGCAGUUUUUAGUAUUGGCUGGCCUGAGAAGCAUGAAUGGUGCCUUAACAUUUGUUGAUACAUCAGACUGCACCGUGAUGAAUAUUGCUGAACACUAUACAGCCUCGGAUGUAGAGUGGGAUCCUACAGGCCGAUACGUUGUGACAUCUGUGUCCUGGUGGAGCCACAAGGUGGACAAUGCAUACUGGCUGUGGACCUUCCAGGGUCGUCUCCUUCAGAAAAACAAUAAAGACAGGUUCUGCCAGCUACUGUGGAGACCCCGACCUCCAACCCUGCUCAGCCAGGAUCAGAUAAAGCAAAUUAAGAAGGACCUGAAGAGGUACUCCAAGAUUUUUGAACAGAAGGAUCGUCUAAGCCAAACCAAAGCCUCAAAGGAGCUCGUAGAAAGAAGACGUACAAUGAUGGAGGAGUUCAAGAAAUACCGCAAGAUGGCACAAGAAUUGUAUUUGGAACAGAAGAAUGAGCGUCUAGAGCUGCGAGGAGGGGUGGACACAGAUGAGUUGGACAGCAAUGUAGAUGACUGGGAAGAGGAGACUGUUGAGUUUUUUAUCAAUGAAGAAAUUAUUACCAUUGCAGAACCAGAGUAGUCCAAUAAAACUGUGCACCACCAUAUCUUGUACUGAAAAGGGGUUCAUUUAUUUUCAGAAAGCCUACACCAUCUUUGGAAUUUUUAAUCCAUAUUCUCUCACUCUGGACGGUGAAUGCACCAGGUUCUCUCCAUUCUGACAUAUUGUAGUGCCUUUAAACCUCGCUGUCAGCAGUGGGGCUAUUUGAAAGGCACUGCUUUUAAAUUUUUAUUCAUUUAGGAGGGGGUUGUCUUUCUUUUUAAAUCCACCACCAGUAUUUGCUGUCUGACUCCUGAGCAUUCCUUACCAGUUGGCAAUUUUGAACUGUUGCCAGUAGGUGAGCAUUAUCUAUGCACCUUCCAGUGUCUUGCACGCUCACGAUGCUUCUCUUUGCAGAGGACUCUUUUUAUGUCCCAGGUGCAUGGACAGGUGUUUGUUUUGCAUGGGGAAAGAUCAGCAGGAGAACCAUUUUUCAUAUGAUGUAUGUUAGUGUGCUGAAGCAGCACUACAGUGGGCUGUACCCUCCUCCAUUCAGAUUGUGACAGGAUUCAACAGGUUGAAUGUGGAAAUAAAAGCAGACCUAUACUAAAAA